UGGUGCUUCAGUGUUCACUUGUAGACGACCAGCACAGGAUGUACGUCAUGUAUUGAGUGUACCGUGUGUGCUUCAUUUGUGCCCAAUAACCUAUUAAGUCUCUCACGUUCAUUAUGACGGGGAGUAAGAAUGGCAAUGAGACCGAAGCUAAGUCGCCUAGAGAAAGUGGCGAGGACAGUGAGGAUGAAAGUGAAAUAUUAGAGGAGAGUCCGUGUGGAAGAUGGUCCAAGCGGCGACAGGAGGUGCAACAGCGGGAUGUGCCGGGCAUCGACGCUGCCUACCUCGCCAUGGACACCGACGAGGGUAUGGAGGUGGUCUGGAACGAGGUACGGUUUAGUGAGCGCCGAAAUUUUCGGGAGCAAGAAGAGAAAAUCCGUUUAGUAUUUGACAACCUAACCCAGCUGGACCAUCCCAACAUCGUUAAACUACACAAAUACUGGAUUGACAGUAAAAACGACAAACCUAGGGUUGUCUUCAUAACAGAAUAUAUGUCUUCAGGGUCACUCAAAAAAUUUCUGAAGUUAACCAAAAAAAAUGUAAAGAAGCUACCACUACAGUCUUGGAAACGCUGGUGCACACAGAUCCUCUCAGCUCUCAGUUACUUGCAUUCGUGCUCCCCCCCUAUCAUCCACGGCAACCUCACCACCGACACCAUAUUUAUCCAGCACAACGGCCUCGUCAAGAUUGGCUCAGUGGCACCGGAUCAGAUACACUCCCACGUCAAAACCUGCAGAGAUGACAUGAAGAACAUGCACUUCAUAGCCCCAGAAUAUGGAAAUUCCUCUCCAGUAACCCCAGCUGUAGACAUCUACUCAUUUGGGAUGGCAGCUUUGGAGAUGGCUGCACUGGAGAUACCCGGAAAUGGUGACUCUGGCAAUGUUGUCACGCAAGAACAGGUGCUACGAACUAUACAUUCCUUGGAGCAUGAACAGCAGAGAGACUUUAUACAGCAGUGCCUAAAUCCUGAACAAAGCCAACGUCCAAGUACCGCAGAACUACUCUUUCAUCCGGUCUUAUUUGAAGUCCACUCCCUUAAACUCUUAGCAGCUCAUGCUCUCAUACACAACCCUAAGAAAUCAAACAAAUUUAUAGAUAAUUGUGUUGAGGAUAUGCUUCAACACCAGUACCAUAGUGACAGUGUAGUAGCAGAAAUUACACAUAGCAGUGGAGAACCAACGCUUUUUCGCAUGGCAGAUAUUCCUGUUAUUGAAAAGCUGGAGAAAUUCAUUGAAGAUGUCAGGCUGCAAGCAACAACAGCCAGUCUAAUCAGGGAAGCCUGGUUUCAGAACAGACUGCAAGAGUACAACAGCACCCAGAAUCUUUUACAAAUAGUCUACAGGUUUGGGAUUUACCCCUUAACAGCAUUUAGAAUCAAGCAACAGCCUCCGUCCCGUCCUCGGGCUAUCUCACCCGAAGCUGUUGAUCCUGUUGCAUCAGAAACCCCAGAGACUACAGAUAUGGAGACACGAAAGGUUAUCAAUAUGAUGUGCAACAUUAAACCAAAUGAAAAUGGGCAUGGAUUGUUUAUGACAAUUUCUCUACGUUUAGAAGAUAAGAUGAACCGGCAAUUAUCGUGUGUUGUGGAAGAUGGGGAGGGUGCUGCGGCACUCACCGACGAGCUUGUUCGAUAUGGCUUUAUCAGUCAGAUGGAUAAAGAUGAAAUUACUAGCUUAAUAGAAGACCAUUUAACACGAGUGCGGAAUGGAUCAACCAUGACAAUGUCAAUGGGGCGGACUGGAAGUCUAGGAAACCCUCUGCAAAAUGAAGAUGGUUUAAGUGUGAUGCAUACCCCAACUAUCACCACAGCAACUAGAUAACAUUCAUGAUCCUCCUUGCACCCUCAAGCACAGCCUCACAAUAUUACACACCACACACAGUUUUUUACUAGGUGAAAGCUUAUUAAGAGGUUUUUCCUCUUGCAACCUGUCGGAGGAAACUUUUUUAUGUGCAUUUAUUGAAGGUGAAACUACCAGACCAAAUGAUUUUGUGUUGUUACAUAAGAAGUUGCUCAGUAACUCAACAUUAUGUUAUCAUUUGUGAUUUGCAGCAUUUGGACAUUGUCAGGUGCAUUUGGGAGUCAGUGUGCUGGGAAAAUUUACUUUUAUAUAAUAUUUUUUAUCAUUAUUAUUAUUGUAAUUAUUAUUCUUGUCUAGGUAUAAUUACAAGUGACCUCCCUAGUAUUGUGAUAUAACAUGUGUUUUGGAUCCCCUCAGAAGUGAUCACUAACAUGUAAGGUUCUUCCCCCAUAUUCCUUACCUGCUCCAUGCUUAAGCCAAAUAGAAACAUAGUUUCCCACAGAAUUGUAUAUGUAGCUUCUGGGAGGGCAAUGGCCACAAGAGAGUGAAUGUGUGAGAGGCUGGAGUAUCACUAGGUAUCUUUGCUACUAUUGCAGUAACAACAACUUAUUGAGUGUUAGGUUUUCUGUUUUAAAAUCUAAAUUGCCUCAAGUUUCUUUGAAUAGGUCAAGGGCAGGUGAUUGUCAUGAGACAAAUCAUCAGCAAAACCCAUUAUCAUUUUCAUGAAAUUAAAUGUUACAAAUAUUUUCUUAUCUUUUUGUAUAUGAAACUAAUUAUGGUGAGUUGCCUAUUUUUAUGAAAGGGACAUAUCAGUGAAGCAAGUAAACUGACUUAGUCUUGUAAAAUGCUUGUCUGUCUGCUGCUCUUGUGGUUCACACAUCUGUGCUUGCAAGAAUGUAUGGCAGUGUACAUGUAGCUGUUGAUCAAUCACGUGCCUCUAAAUGGAUUACAAGGAUCUGAUUCUUUGUUAUGUAUGUCACUGUGCUCCAUGCUGGCACUUAAUAUACAUAUUUUUUAACAUCCUUUACACAGUUUUCCAGCUUAGUUAAGUGGUGCCCCUUACAGAAAGAGGGUCAGCCUAAUCUGGGGCCUUAAAAAAGUUAUUGGCUCAUUAUAUAAUAUAUUUUUCUUUUCUGUAUCAUAAAAGAUAGCUGCCAAUUUUGCCAGUUGCAUAUAUCACUUGUUUUUUGACUUACACUGUGAUGUUCAUUGUUUGCCAACUAAACUGCAUAGAAUAGUUUUCACCUGAAAUUGGUAAUCCAUUAUUCUUUAGGCAGUUUGAGUCUACAUUUAAAGUAGUGCAGCAUAAAAAUUCCACAUAUUUGCUGCAAGUAUUUAUUGUCAUGGAAGAUUGCUUUAAUAGCGUACUUAUCAGUAAAAUAAGAGGUCAAGCUGCUUCAUAAUGUCAUUAAAAGUUUAAUAAAACUGUCAGCAAAAAAAAUUUUUUUUAUCAUAGUUAUUUCAAAGAUUAAUGUAAAAACACCUUAAUAUCUCAUGAAUUAGACAAUAUGAUACAUGUUGUGUAUCAUAAUAGCACCAGGUUGAGUAAUUGUGAGAUAAGCAUCUGUAGUUAUAUCAUAAUAGCAUCUGCAUAAUUAUUUUACUGGUUAUUGCUAAUCUCUCAACUUUUAUAAGAAUGACUUUUGUGGUAGACUUAAAAUUAACUUAGUACACACAAAAUUUUCACAGGGAGACAUUUAAAAUAUUAAGUCCAUCCAUACCUUGUCCUGAUAAAAAAAAUAGAUACAAAAACUAAGCUUGUCUUUAUGGAUAUAGACCAGCUGUUGUAAUAACUUGUUCAUAAUUUUUCCUUGAAUAGGGUAUUCCAAUGUUAAUUUACUCCUAUGUAUGAAAACAAAUUGCUUUUAUAACCUGAUUUGGAAAUUUAUUUCCCUAUUUAUUUCAUGAGAGAAGUUGACUUGUAAGGAACAUAUAUAAUAUUGAUAAAAGAAGAAAUUACAUAAUAUAAACAUCCUGGGAAUAAAUACAUAAAUAAUUUUCUUUGAAACCAAGCAUUAUUUAAAGGUUGUCUUUACAUUCAGUGAAAACCUUGUGUUUUGAGUUAUUUCAUUUUUAUUUACUGAAACAGUUGAUGUUUCCUAAAUUAUUAAUUUUUUUUUUUUUGGGGUGAGGAGGAAAUGAAUGAAAAUAUAAAUACCCUAUGUGAAUAAUGUGUGUUACUUUAGAUUGCUGUUAUUGUCGGGCGUUGAGUGGAUACCAUGCUUGUUUCAUCAUUAGUAACAGAGUUGUUUAAGCAGGGCAUUAUGAGGUAAUCCAGUUCUGUGCUGUCUUUACAAGAUAGAUAACAACAUAAAGGACCAAAUGUCUGUCUUAAUAUACAGAGAUCAAUUAAUUGACCUGUUUUAUAGCAUGUACUGAUGACAAAAUUUUAAUUUUAAAUUUAAAAUUAAACAUGGAACCAACUCUUAUAUAUCAAUAAAGGAUCAUCCUUAUUUUUCAGUAACAUUUGAGUUAACAUUGUAGAGAAAAUUUAUAAAUAUUGCUGUUAGACCAGAAUUGUGUUGCAGUGCCAGCAUAUUCUCUGAACAACAUAUUUGAAACUGCAUUAUUACUAUAUUAUGGCCAUGGAAUUGAAAUUAAUGGAAUAUAAUUUGAUAAUAAAGUUUAAUUAUUGUGCAUUAAGUGAUCUAUAUAAGUCGAUCUGCUAUAAUUGCAAUUUUUUUUUUUUUUUUUGUCUUCUGUGAAGAUAAUUGCUGUCAGACAUCUUGCUUAGGAAAGACAAAUGAGGAUAAAUAGAGUUUAAAUAAUUUCUGAAUGGUAAUGUUACAGGUGUGGAGAAAGUUCAUAUUUAAAGAUUUUUUUGUGUGUGUGUGUGUGCGCAUGUGGGACAACAUUGUAUCGUUAGUUUUACCAUUUAUUAAUGGUUUUGUAGAGCUCUGUUCUGUAAUUUACUGAUAUUAGCGAUGAGCUUAUUUUGGCAUUGAAAAUUGGCUAUUAAAAAGAAUUUAAAGUUCAGUGAAUUUGAUGAAAGCAAUAUUAAUGCAAUUUAUGAAAGUUGCAUCAGAUAAGUCUUUUAUAUGAGCUUUGCGAUUCAUAUAUUAGUUGCUGGAUGUUUCCAGAGUAUUGAUGUAACUAGUUGGCUGUUAUUGAUGUUAGCAUUAUUAUUUUUGCUGAUUUAUUAUCAUCACUUUUUCUUUAGACGUUUCUCUGGUUCCAUUUUCAACAUUAAUAAUGUUGGCGUAUUACAAUAUUGUAUAACCAGUAACCUGUAUUCAGCUAGAGGAACUUUGCCAUUCUCAAAAAUAUCAGUAUACUUAAUUUGAAGAUGCAUGAAUGAGUAUGAGUUUUCUGACAUUUGAAACUGAUAAAAAAAAAAACAUUGUAUGGUCUUGUUAGCCAACUGCUAUAUAAGGCAAUAUUUUUUUAGGGUAAUUUUUACCUUUCGUAAUUGCUUCAUA